AAUAAAAUCAAUUUUAAUUAAACAUGCUUCUAACCUCAAAUUUUGUUAAACAAAAAUGGAAGAAAUCCAAACUUAUACUUUUAAUACGUUUGGCCUUAGUUUCUAUAGUUUUGAGUGUAUUUUAUAUAAGAUUUUUAUUUAUGGCAACUCCGCAAUUAGAUUUGCAAGAACUAAAUGAGAAUUCUUUUAAUUCCCUUCAUAAUGGACGUAAAAUUUUAUCGCUGAAUUCUCAUCAUGAUCAUUUGCAUCAAAGCAAUUGCUCUAAGCCCGCCAUUUUGGAAUUCCCCUCUGAUGGUUUUUCCAGAGAGCAGCGUCGACAUGGUUGGAUUAUUCUCCAUAUUGUGUUGAUGUUUUAUGGCUUCUGGUUUUUGGCCGCCAUUUGUGAUGACUACUUAAUACCCAGCAUAGAACAGAUCUGUUCAAAUUUCAAAAUCGAUCGUGAUGUUAUUGGAGCCACAGUUAUGGCCGCUGCCGUUUCUAGCCCCGAACUGUUUAUGAACUGUAUUGGUACCUUUAUAACUAAAGGUGAUAUAGGUGUAAGUACCAUAGUGGGCUCGGCUGUAUUCAAUGUUUUGGCAGUGCCCGCCUGUUGUGGUCUAUUUGUGGCCAAUUAUCUGAAACUGGAUUGGUGGCCCAUAACCAGAGACUGUUUAAUUUAUUUGACAGCUGUCUUAGCUUUAGUGGGUAUAUUAUGGGACGGCCAGGUAUUAUGGUAUGAGGCUUUGGGCCUAAUCAUAGCCUAUUUUGUGUAUAUGUUAAUUAUGUAUCACAAUCCAAAAAUAUCCAGUUAUGCCAAAAAGUUACUUAAGAAAUGUGGUUUUUAUAAACCCCGAUAUACAGAGGUUACCGAAUUUACUGCCUUAUUGGCCCAUAGAAGAUGUAAUAAUGAAUCAAAAUUUAGCUUGGCCACAGAAGCUUAUCAGCAAAUGGAGCAGGGUUUAAGUACUUCACAUAUGAUGCUAUAUUUAGAGCAUCAGGAGAGAGAAGAAUCCAUAGCCUCUCCCUGGUCUUGUGAGGAGCAAACAUUUGUGGAAUUUAUGUUUCGCUGGCCCAUAACCUUCCUGCUGUGGUUGUCGGUGCCCAAUAGCCGAAAACAUCAUUCGUUAAAAUAUCUAACCUUUAUAUUAUCCAUAGUCUGGAUAGCCGGCAUUUCGUAUUUGGUAGCUUUUGUCAUAACAAUAAUAGGUGACACCCUGCAUAUACCCGAUGCCGUUAUGGGUCUUACAAUUCUAGCAGCUGGCAUGAGCAUACCCGAAGCUGUCUCCAGCAUUAUCGUUACCAAACAGGGCCAGGGCUCCAUGGGCAUCAGCAAUUCCCUGGGCUCCAAUACCUUUGACAUUUUACUAAGUUUGGGUUUACCCUGGUUCAUAAAAUCCUACUUCCUUCCCGAUGUUUUGGAUCAGAAGUUAUUGGUCUUAAAUUCAGCCAGUUUAGUGUAUGCUGGCAUUUUGCUAUUAACCUCAUUGCUGGGUCUCUACUUAGUAUUUGUUUUGAAUAAAUUCACUUUGAAUUGGUGCGUGGGAGUGUCAUGUAUGAUCAUGUAUAUAGGUUUUAUGGCCAUCUACACUCUAAUCGAAUUGAAUGUAUUCUUUCCUGUCAAUUUGCCCAUGUGUAGGCAUUAA